AUGGUUGAAUCCUUACUGAAGGACGCAAAGCCCUACCCACCACCCGGAGACCGAGCCUCCAACCUAUUCUACAAAAUGCACCCGAGUCACUACAUCAUCAACGAAUUCCGAGGUCACUUCGGUGGCAACUGUGGGCCCUGGCAUACCACAGAACCUUACAGCUUUGUGUUCGGACCGUCCCAAUACAUAGAUUCAGACCAACUGGCCCCAACCCUCGAAAGCCUACUCACAAACCUUCUCAAGUCCCGGGAACGCACUGCCUAUGAAAAGGCUAACAAGAUUGAUCGAAACAUCGUAUUCCUGACAUGGGACCCGACAUUGGAGCUAGAUACACUAGCACGUCUAGGCCUCGACUGGUUCUCGCGACCAAACAUCCAACUCUUUGAUCUCCAAAAGCACCAUAUGCUCUUCCGCGCCGGGGACAGACGCAAAGGAGGCCAUGACGUACUUCAUAACGGUGCAAACGACACAGUAUUUCAGAUCCAGAUUCUUCUCGCGCUUCAGUACAUGGAUCCCCAGUUGAAACCCAAAGUCUACGACAGGGUCAACUUUGUGCAAACAUCCAUGACUCAUGUCACCACCUGGCUCGACUUUACUUGGAGAGGCAGCGUGCUGGACACGCUGAACGUGCCGCUAGUCGACCUCAGCACAGUCCCGGGAGAAACCAAAGAUCAUCAGCUCAGAGCCAGGACUGAUGCGCGGAUGAACGACAACAAUGUCCCCCAAGCUCCACCGCUGCCCAAGCCGAAGAGGCGUUAG